AUGGCUUCAAGCAGAGGCAUCAAGCUCACCGAGCAGCACCUGCGGCUGAUGUACGACACUUUUUGCCUUCUGGACGAAGACAAGGAUGGGCGGAUAGACAAAGGCCAGUUCUUCAUUCUUUUCCGCGCUUUGGGCCAAACAGUUUCGGACGCAAACCUCUCGAAGAUAUUUGCUUCUGCUCUCGCAGAAGAAGCAAAAAACGCCGCCAGAGCCAAACAGGCCGCGCCCAAAGAUGCUGCAGCAGCAGCGCCGAAGAAAGCAGCAGGAGCAGCAGCAGCAGCUGCUGCUGCUCCUCCUGACGCGGACGCGCAUGCACAGGGGACGCUGGGCUUCGCGCAGUUCGCGAAGACCUUCGCGGAGCGCUUCGAGCCGCCGCUGGCAGCCGCGACUUUGCGCAGAGCCUUCGGCGUCUUCGACGCCGCGCGAAGCGGAAAGCUUUCGCAGACGCAGCUGCUGGAGAUCCUCGCGAAGCGCGGCGAGCCGCUGCGCAAGGAGGAGCUCGACGAGCUGCUGCUGCUCGCCGCCCUCGGGCACUCCAAGGAGACCGACUACGCGCUCCUCGCCGACCGACUCGUAAAAGGCCCCGCGGGAAUCGCGACGAUCACCGACUAG